GGAACAAGAACCUUUGUGUGUUCAGCUUACGGAACAUACUCUUAAAUUGAAAUGAAGUUGUCGUUGUGUUGAUAAUACCUAAAACCCUUAUUUUUUUAUUUUCGAUUUUUAAACUCUAUUUUGUUUAAUUUGUUUCUUAAAUUUUAUAAAAAUGUCCUCCAGGCGUAAUCGAUUUGUUUCAAGAAGAAUUAACAUUCAGAAUGCGGCUGCCAGAGAGUUCCAAUUUGGAUUUAACAUGUUCCCGGACAUUCCGAGGCCCUUCAAUGUUACUUACCAAUGCUAUUCGGUAGCUAUGCUUCCUGGAAAUGAGAGACAGGAUGUAGAAAGAGGUGGAAAAAUUAUUAUGCCUCCAAGUGCUCUAGAACAACUUACCAGACUCAAUAUAAAUUACCCAAUGUUAUUUAAACUGACAAAUAAAAAUUCUGGAAGAGAAACACACUGUGGUGUUUUGGAAUUUGUUGCUGAUGAAGGAAAAGUUUACCUGCCAUUAUGGAUGAUGCACAAUAUGAACCUAGAAGAAGGCGAGCUGGUACAAAUGGAAAGUGUCUCUCUACCUGUCGGUACAUUUUCCAAAUUCCAGCCAUUAUCUCCAGAGUUUCUUGACAUUACUAACCCGAAAGCUGUAUUAGAAAAUUGCCUCAGAUCGUUUGCUUGCCUCACUAAAGGAGAUGUAAUUGCCGUGCAAUACAACCAAAAAAUCUAUGAGCUUUGUGUAUUGGAAACCAAACCAGGUAAUGCCAUAAGCAUUAUUGAAUGUGAUAUGAAUGUAGAGUUUGCUGCGCCUGUGGGAUACAAGGAACCUGAAAUAGUGAGGAAACCUGAAGAGGAAAUGGCUGUAGAUCCUGCUGAAUUGAUGCCGGAGCCUACUGGAUUUAUAGCAUUUAAAGGAGCCGGUAAUAGAUUGGAUGGAAAGAAACGGAAGGAUUCUACAUCUACUGAUGUUUCGCCACAUAAACCAAUAUACGUCAGAGGAAUACCAGACUAUGACUAUGAAAUAGGAAGUUUGAGAUUCAUUAGAGCAAUAGCAAAACCAAAAAAUAAUGAUAAUAAUGAAAGUGAUGAGUUUAAACCGUUCACUGGUGAAGGGUUCAGUUUAAAAGACAGCGCCUAAUUAUUGUUUGUUAUUAUUAUUAUUUUUUUUUAUUGUUUUGAAUUUUGUAUUUAUUUUAAGUUUAAGUGAAUAAAUUGGCACCGAAAUUAAGAAAUAAAUGGUUAUAGAAAAC